UCUGUGAUUGAGAGUGGUAACGAAUAGUUGCAAUUGAUUUUCGUAGAUCGCACAGCGGAUUCUGAAUGUUAAACGCGCGUAAAAUUAAACUAAAACUUCAAUAAAAAGCACGUUGGAAAUAAAUGAAUGGAUUAAAAUACAGCUCUUCAAAAUUUUGUUUAAAUAAUUUUGAUGAUGUCACUGCUACUGAUGCACGAGUUUGAUGUUUCAUUCGAUAAGUGGAAUAUGGUAUAAAAAUUUCCACAAUUUUCUAAUUGAUUUAAAGCUUUUAGAAACCUACUGUGAUAAACAAAUUUUAGCAGCAUUUUGAAUGUAUAAAAUAUUGUUUUUUAUUGUGGUAUUAAAAAAAAUCGUUUGAAUUUGUUUUAAACGGCAAUCAUUUCGAAGUACCAGUUAAAAAUUUACGACUGAUAAGAAAUAUGAAGGCUUUGAAGGACGUUUUUCAUCCAGUGAAAAAGGAGUUUCGGCGUGAAAAGUGUGGUUUUGAACAUACGCCGCCAGAUGAUUUCGUUAAGUCGCAAUGGCAAAAUCGCACCAAAAGUAUUGUAUAUUUAAUUUAUCGUUGGUUAUUGGCUAUAUUUUUUACUGCCGUUGUCAUCGAGUCCAUGCUAGAUCCAGAUGAGAGUUCAAACUUUUGGUUGUAUUUCAUAUACAUGACAAAUUGGGGCAUCAUGCUGUGCAUGAUUACAAAUGUAUACGCUGCUAUUCUAGUGACAAUUUGGCAUUUUCAUCCCGAAUAUGCGGACAAACUUUUAAAUUUGGAAUCUUUAAGAAGUCCGUUCCGCAUCUACUGGGGCAUACAUAUCACAACUUUGGUGGUAUCAAUUGUGAUAACAAUUAUCUAUUGGGGCAUUUUAUAUGAUGCCAGCGAAGAUACAUUGAGUGCUACCAACAUUUUAACACAUGCUUUCAAUUCCAUUUGCAUGUUUAUCGAUCUGCUGAUUGUUGCUCAUCCUUUAAGACUUUUACACAUGUUUCUGCCAGUAUGUUUUGGCCUGUUCUAUGCUUUCUUCUCCGUCAUCUAUCAAUUAUGUGGAGGCCAUAACAAAAAGGGGAAGCCUUAUAUUUAUCAUGUGAUUGAUUGGAAUAAACCUGUUAAUUCUAGUUUAACUGUGGUGGGUGUUAUACUGCUCUGCUGUUGUGUUUACAUGGCCUUAUUUACGAUUUACAAAUUAAGGACAAUACUCUACCGACGUCUCAACAAUGCCACCUUCAUCUUACCCACCACAGCGCCACCACCGAUUACCAAGAAACAUGUUGGCACCGGCAUCAAACACACACCGUCGGGCAUUUCCAUGGUAUUGGGCAAUUUUGAGGGCCACACAAAUCCAGCUUUCUCAAAGAGUUCGGAAAAUAUUACCAAAAAUUAGUUAAAGAGUUUAAGAAAUGUUCAAUGGAAUGUUAUAGCUUUCAGUGUUAACUUAAGUUUAGUUUUAAUUUAGUCAAUUCAGCCCUGUUUUGCAAAUUAUUAUGAUUUGAAGAUGUUUUAUAUAUGAUGAAAGACAUGUUUUUGGAUAUAAACUCGUUUCUCCAAUUUUUUUAAAUCUUCCAAAAAAUAAGAUUUGACGAGGUCAUCAAAAUAAAUAUUUUUUGAGAGAUGAUUUCAUCAUUGGAGUCAAAUCUCUUUCCGCCGAGCCAUUACUUCAGGUUUGAAAACAGGAAAUAGUCAAUCGAGUGAGCAAAUGCGGCAGCCAUCUUGCGGAAAGCUUUCUCAUACUCAAGUGAUCAUUCAAAAUUGAAACCACUGAGCCCAUGGGAGAUGCCAAUGGCUUCCACAAUCUCUCGCACUUUCAAUCUCCGAUCUGCCAACACCCUAUCGUGAUUUUUCCUUGAUGAAUACAAGGACAUGAUCGUAAAGAGAAAAAACGUUCACUCUCUUUCCCCCUUGGGAAUAUUGGAUCUUCUGUAUAGACGAGCAGGUUAAUUGAUUUAACAAUAUGAAUCUCAAUUUAUUUAAAAUAUAUAUCAGAUUUCCUUCGAGACCUAGAUAACAUCCACUGUAUACUUUUUUACCUACUUAUGUAUUUCAAAAGUCCUAGUUUCAAUUGAAAACUUUUGCAAAUAGGGCUGCUUAUAUAUUUUUAUAUGUAUAUAUGUAUU